AUGGCGGAAAGCGGUCGUGUUGAGAUUGUUGAGAGUAACCAGAAGAUGGCCGCACCUUGUGCUGGCAAUUCCUCGACGAACACCAGGGAGGUCUCUGGUGCUAGUACUAGUGAAGAUGUGAAAGAUACGGCUACACCUGAUGUGCACAACACAGCGAUGAAAAUUGAGAGGGGUAGAGAGGUCUACGGGGCUUAUACGGGAACUGUGAGAAAGCCUACUACAGGGGAAACUUGGCUUUGGUAUUUGUAUGAACUGUGCUCCUAUUUCAUUCAUACUACACUUGUUCCAGUCCUUUUCCCACUCAUCAUCAGCCAGAUCUUCCAUUCACCAGCAGAACCUGCUGGAGACUUGGUAAUGAACAGGAAGGGCUUGUUAUGUGGGGCAGACCAGAUGAGACUGUACGACGCCAUAACAAAUAAAUCCAUUAACAUCAGCAACGCUAAAUUCUCUCCAUUAGAGUGGACUUCCCUCUCCUGGGGUAUAGGCUUGAUUUUGGCUGCUCCAAUACUUGGCUCCAUUUCCAAGUACCUCGACCAUGGCCAGAAACCACAAAUAAUUCCCGCAGCAGCAAUAGCAGUUGGAGCUUUCUUUUGUCUGCCUACAGGAUUCUUCAAUGUCCAUUGGAUUUUCCCUCCGUAUAUUGCAGCCAUUAUAGCAGGUAGCACCGUUGCUAUGGCCUCCCACACCCGCCAACUUGGUUACAUGAUCAGAGGCUUCACUGGACCCAUCAAUCAAAGAAAGCAAUUCCAAUUGCGAAGAGGGGUUUCUAGUUGGCUUUCCCUUUAUGCCACAGCUGCUGGUUGCUUAGGGGCUGCCCUCAUGUCAGCCUUCUCUUACCAAAUGCUUAGACGUGAAGAAAGGAGAUUUGUUGCUCUUUGGGUUGUUUCAAUUUUCAGUGGCCUUAAAUGGCUUGUUGGUAUAUCACAUAUCAUUACCAUCAAACCAAAUAGUUCAACUACUCCUACCUCUUCUAUAUCAUCAAUUGCCCAUCUGCUUUCCAUUUUCAAUUACCCCCAUGCUCUUGGAACCGUAAUCGUGUCCUUUCUGUCCUCCUUUACAACAAUGUGCAUCUUCACUAGCACAGUGCUCUAUCUUUUAGGAGAUCUAUGCAUUAAACCUGUUUUUAUACUUUUCUUUUGGCUACUUUACUUCCUUUUCCCAUUGAUUUCUCUGCCACUGAUGCAACCAAUACAGCUUGUUAUUAAGGUCAAUGCGAUGAAAAUGCACUUGUUUGGUUUUCUCUUGUCUCUAAUUACAUCAGGGCUAAUGGGGUUCAGCCAUAAGAACAACACUUGGCAGAGACAGAAUGUACUGGGGCUUGCUGCAUUGCAAGGUACAUCGGCUGGACUUUUGCAUGCUUUUGGAAAGGUUUUAAUAAUUGAUUGCUCACCACAAGGAAAAGAAGGAGUAUUCUCUUCAUGGUUUUCUUGGGGAAGAGCUCUUGGCUCUUGUAUAGGCUUUGCAGUUGCAUCAACAAUCCCUGGGAACUUUAGAACUUCUUUUGGAGUUGCAUUUUGUACUGCCAUCUCUGGAGCUAUCCUAUUGAUUUACGGAAACAUCAGUGAUUUUGGAGGAGCCGUGGCUGCUAAGCUUGUGAGUGAGGAGUAUGAUCAAGAGGGCUCACCUGUUGCUGGCUUGGAUACGGCAGGCAAUGUUGUAACAAAAGAUGUUGAGGAGGGAACACCUUCGUAAGUGCUAAAAAAACCUACGUUUUGGAGUAUGACUGCCAUAGUUAUUCAUUGAUGUGCAGACAAAUAAAUUAUCUUUAUGUUUCUUUUCUUUUUUUCA